AUGGCGCGUCGUUCUGAAGACCCGGCGUGGGUACCACCGCCGCGAAUCGUCAUGGUGAAGGCUUUCCCGGAGGAGGACGUCGUGCUCGUGAAGCCCGAGCUCUUCGCGGAGUGCUCGCGAAGACGCUACCUCGCCCUGAGCGAUGGUGUAAAGUCCCGCUUCGCCCAAGCGCACGCGAGCUCGCGAACGAAGUAUCGUAAGCUCUGGCGGCGGUUGUUGGUUCACAUGCAAACGUCGCUGGCGAUGGCGAAGGCGCUGACAAAGUUGGAGUUGUUGCGAACGAAUACGGCGCGCGGACACAGAUUGGACGUAGCUGGAUUGGCUCUCAUUGCGAUGUACGAUAAUUACACGAAGAAGAUUGAUCAGAUGUUGAGCAAGCAGAUGCAGGAGUCGCUACAAAAGGCGAUGGAUUCGAAAAUGGAGAAAGAUAAAGUGAUUGCACAAUCGCUGCUCGAACUCGAAACGAACGAUGAGAAGAGUGGCGAAGAUUUCAAUCCGAUGGCUAUCAUGCGAGCUUUGCGUAAGCAUAGCGCGCAGAAACCAACAAAAAAACAGUUUCAAGGCUCUGAAGAAGAGAUUGGCGUUGAGCACACGCGUUUGUUGUUCCUCGUGUCGGUGUACACGGCGGACGCGAACAGAGAUGCGUUUCCAGGCUUGGCCGAAGACAGCGAGCUUUGGGUACGAAAGACCCAGCUCUUGGUUUUGAUUUAUGAAUGUAUUCGUGCUGGUGCGCUGAAUUACGAUUACGCACCUUUGGCCGAGACCAUGGGAUCUAAGCGCGUUUGGUUGAAUAUUUCUCAAGAAGGCGUCGACGACCUCGACGAUAUGUGUCAAGUUGGAUUCUUAUCGAGCAUGAAGAUGAGUUCGACGAAGUAUAGCACCUCUACGGCUUACCGAUUGACAAAAGAGGGAUAUUUACACCUCAAAACGCACCUCCGUCGUCGUGAUAGAGCCGCCAUCGAAGAAGUCGUGUACUCCGAUAAAUUGCAGCCUUCACCAAGAAACCUGUUUGUCGCAAAAUGGGACGCCAAAGCGGAUACUUUUUAUCUCCAAAGCGCUUCAGGUCACACGAAAUCAAGCGAUGUCACCGAUAUCGAAGAGGUUUCGUACGUUUCAUCUCCGUUCGUUCCGAAGUCGAUGCGAAAGUGGGGGCGUGAGUGCACUAGUAACAAACACAAGACCGCCGCACUCGUCAAAGCAACGGGCACCAUCAGAGACGAGCUGGAUGAGCAGUUGUCAUUCGAUAGAUUGCGAUUGAUGGUUGGUGAAUGGAUUCCUAUGGGCGCGAAUCAGGUGUUGAGUCUGAAUGACAAGCUAGGUUCGACGGACCGCGUUGCUGGCGGCUACUUUACGAGCGAAAUGGACAAAGAUCCCAACAACCCAUGCUUCCAAGGCAAAGUCGAUGGUUUGACGCGGGUCAACGUGCUAGAUUUCGAAGAAACGUCGUACGUGAACUUCGAAGCCGAGGUACAGUACGAAGAAGAACCUGGAAUUGUGCAAAUUGAAAACUUCGGCAUCCACGUGAGUGAAGAAGGCUUCAUGCUUUACGGCUUGACGCUCGACGGUAUGAUGAAAGUGACCGAUGGCAACAACUUUUCGCUCGAUCACCUCGCACGUUUGCUUCGUGAUAUCGGCACGGAUUCAAGCGAAGUCAUUGGUAAUUUACUCACCGACCAUCAGCGACACUUGCUGGAUUUAGUGCACAUGGGCGAUGCGAUGAAUCGCGAAAAGUUCAACGUGUUCUUCACGAGUAGAAUCAACAAGAGAGGUCAAGAAGAGAUGCCCAUGGCGCAUGAGCUGCUUGAUAUGGAAGACAUGGAAAAUGAGAUUCGGCAGAUCAUCGGUGAAGUAGAGUGUGGUUUUCAACUAUCGCGAGAUGAUGAAUUGAUCAUCAUCGGCUCAACCGGUAUGAUUCUCUGCUCAAAGAAUACCGAAAAAUUUGAACCCUUGGUAUUACAAUACAUGUCCAUGAUGUCACGAAAUAUGUUCAUUCAGGCGCUCUAUAGGCAAACAUUUGUCACCGUGGACACGCUCGGAGAAAUCGAUCAUCUCAUACGCAAUCAUGACGCCGAUCCAAACAAUAUCUUCAAAAUUCGCGAACUCAUGUCAAAUGUAUCGGCAGAUAUCAUUCUCAUGCGGGAAAUUCAUAGCUAUCUCCUUGAAUCUCUCACUGAGACGGCACCAAUGGCAAUAAACGAUCAAGUAUUGAAGCGCUUGUCUAAAAUACUGCAGCUCGAUGAUACAAACUUUCGCCUUGAGCGACGCAUUCGAGAUAUUCGCAAAAGCUUAGACGGCGCGAGCGGUGAGUUGCAAGCGUUGAAAAGUGCCGCCGAUGUCAUUCAAGAAAACAAAGAGUUCAAGGUGAACGAGGCGGUGUCAAACAACACGCAGAACCUUGAAGAAGUUUUCCGCGCAAAUGAGCGCGCAUCGACGUCCCUUGAGAUCAUGCAAGUAGUGUUGGCUGGAUCUCUCGCUUUUGCAAUUCUUGAUCGAUUGCACGGUUUGUAUCUCGGCGUUGCGGCUGACAUCGACUGGUCGGUCAAGGCUUUCGAUUGGUACGUACAGACUCCAAUGGUCAUGUUCAUCUUAAAUAUGCUCUGGUGGUUCGCAUUGGGUGCGUCAUUCAAUCGAUUGAUCAAGUAUGCCGGAUCAAAAUCAGCGGGAAUCUUGUCCAUUCGGUACACGAUGAACUGUCGAUUUAAUCAGAAAGCCAUGACUGCGUUCUUGCAUGUGGCGAACCCAGAAAUGGAGGAUGGUGAAGCUGAUGCGAGGACAAAUCUGAAAAAAUUCACUUGGGACGAGACAGAUGAGAUCCGAUGGAAAGGAUGCCCUCCAAAGAUUGAAAUGAUCGUCGACAUGAAGAAUGGUUUCUUGCUCAGCGUUUUCAUUCAAAUCGCCACCAGGCGAAGUAAAUGUACGCAGUCUGACGCAAAGAGACAUUUUUUUGCUCGACUCCGAGAAUUAGGUCUCAUUUCUGGUCCCGUGCCUGGGUUAGAGACGGCAAAGGAUGCCGAAUACGUCUACCGUAAGCCAUUUCUCUCACGUGGAGCGAAAUUCAAACUAUGGUUGAAGAAGACACGUGAGAAUGUUCACUACUUCUUCACGUUCUAG